GGGCCCGAGACCCCCGCGGGGCCGCUGACCCCAGUGAGUGCGACACGGCGAAGGGCUGGUGCCCGCACCCCUCUGGCAGAAGCAGCCUGAGCCCCGCUCCCGCCUCCCUGUUUGUGCCAGGCUUCCCUUAGUCCCGAGCUUCACCGAAGCCAUGCUUAGGCUCCGCUUACUAACGUGGGACGUGAAGGACACGCUGCUGCGGCUGCGGCAGCCCGUGGGGCAGAGUUACGCGGCCGAGGCCCGGGCUCAUGGGCUCCAGGCGCAGCCGGAGGCACUGGCUCAGGCUUUCUGGGAGGCGUACGAGGCCCAGAGCCGGCUCUUCCCCAACUACGGCCGGGGCCGGGGGCUGAGCUCCCAGCAGUGGUGGGUGGACGUUGUGAAGCAGACCUUCAGGCUCUCAGGCGUGCAUGAGGAGGGAGUCGUAACGCUGAUGGCGGAAAACCUCUACCAUGACUUCUGCAGUGCCCGCAACUGGGAGGUGCUGCCAGGAGCCAGCGAGACCCUGAGCCGGUGCUGCCAGCACGGCUUCUGCAUGGGGGUGGUCUCAAACUUUGAUAAUCGCCUGGAAAACAUCCUCACCCAAUGCAGCCUGCGGCACCACUUCGAUUUCAUCCUCACCUCUGAGGACGCAGGCUUCGCCAAGCCGGACAGGAGGAUCUUCGAGAAAGCACUGCACCUUGCCGGGGUCGCACCAGAGCAGGCGGCUCAUGUUGGGGACGACUACACCCGGGAUUACAGGGCAGCCCGAGCCGUGGGCAUGCACGGCUUUCUGCUCCAGGCUGCUGGGCAGGGCGAGGAGCUAGAGGUACCCCCUGAGCACAUCCUGCCCACGCUCAGCCACCUCCUGGCUCUCAUUGAGAAGGGGUAGCUGUGUUUUGGAAGAGGACCAGUGCUGCUGCUGAGUAGCAAACCGCUCCUGGUGUGGGAUUUCUUGCUGCCAGUUGGGCAGGGAAAAGAAGUGAGUGCUUCCAAGCACAGGGAGCAGUGCUGCCUGCAGAGCAGGAGGGCUGGUAAUGCAAUAAAAUGUACCUGACACUCA